CAAAGGUACCUUAUCGACUAGUAGGUCUGCACCUGUAGCUGGACUUCUGGCCCAAGCAAGCUGAUUCGAAGCAUUCCAUACUAACUGGAAUUUACCUAGCCCCUCUCCUAUUAACUGCCAGCUACCUAAUCCGGCAGGAGGAGUCUGGGGUGCCCAAGGAACUAAUUAUCAACGCCGAAUCGUGGACGAGGGGUUGAAGACGAGGAACGAGACACCCUGUUUCUUGCACCCUCCAUGCGUUAUAUAUGCUCGCGCCCUUUUUUCGCUUCUUCUUUCGGGACUCCGGUGGCACAAUUUGUUCGGCCUUCUAAGACCAGAUCCUCGAGGUUCGUUUUUGCAGGCAGACUUACGAUAUCCGCACCGUUUUUACCCCGCGCCGCCGCUUUCUCAACCUCAACGGCACCAUUCAUAACCAUGGAGACCGUGGACACGACCAGCCGGCUGGCAGAGCUGAGGGCUUUGAUGAAAGAGCGCAAAGUGGACGUCUAUAUUGUUCCCUCGGAAGACAGCCAUGCCUCAGAAUAUAUUGCUGCGUGCGAUGCGCGACGCGAGUUCAUUUGCGGGUUCUCUGGAUCGGCGGGCACGGCAGUGAUCACUCUCGACAAGGCAGCCCUAGCUACCGACGGCCGAUAUUUCAACCAGGCUGCCAAACAACUGGACAAUAACUGGCUGCUCCUCAAGACCGGCUUGCAAGAUGUCCCGACAUGGCAAGAGUGGACUGCAGACGAGUCUGCAGGAGGGAAGGUUGUUGCCGUCGACCCCACUCUCAUCUCGAGCUCUACGGAGGAGAAGCUAUCAGAGAAGAUCAAGAAGGGUGGCGGAGCUGGCCUCGACCCAGUUGCCGAGAACCUGGUAGAUCUCGUCUGGGCCAAAGCCAAGCCUCCUCGGCCGAGCGAGCCUGUCAUUCUUCUACCUGAGAAAUAUGCGGGGAAAGACGUCGCAUCGAAGCUGGCCGAUCUCCGCAAGGAACUCGAAAAGAAAAAGUCGGUCGGUUUUGUGGUGUCCAUGCUUGACGAGAUUGCAUGGCUCUUCAACCUUCGCGGAAGCGACAUCCCUUACAAUCCUGUCUUCUUUUCCUAUGCCAUCGUCACGCCAGGCUCUGCGACCUUGUACGUUGACAUCGCCAAGCUCAGCAAGGACUGCCAGGAUUAUUUAGCUGCGAACAGUGUCACAGUCAAGCCCUACGAAGCUAUCUUUGACGACGCAAGGGCGCUCGCUGCGUCUGCUCGAACUAAUGGGGACUCUGCUAGCCUAACACAGUAUUUGAUGUCGACGAAGGCGUCGUGGGCGCUGAAAUUGGCUCUUGGAGGCGACGACCUAGUCGAAGAGAUUAGAAGUCCGAUUGGCGACGCCAAAGCUGUGAAGAACGACACGGAGUUGGAGGGCAUGAGACAAUGCCAUAUCCGGGAUGGCGCGGCCCUCAUCGAGUUUUUCGCGUGGCUUGAACACCAGCUCCUGGAGAAAAAGGCGACCUUGGACGAAGUUGAAGCGGCAGAUAAGCUUGAAGGGCUACGGAAGAAGCAGAAGGAUUAUGUCGGCCUUUCCUUCGACACGAUAUCCUCUACCGGAGCCAAUGCUGCCGUGAUACACUACAAGCCCGAGAGGGGAAAUUGCUCCGUGAUCGAUCCCAAUGCCGUCUAUCUCUGUGAUUCAGGGGCACAAUACUUCGAUGGGACCACAGAUACCACGAGAACUCUCCAUUUCGGAACGCCGACUGAAGCGGAGAAGAAAGCCUACACAUUAGUGCUCAAAGGAAACAUGGCGUUGGACACGGCAGUAUUCCCCAAGGGGACAACAGGCUUCGCCCUGGAUAGUCUGGCAAGGCAAUUUUUAUGGCAAGAGGGACUCGACUAUCGCCACGGAACGGGUCAUGGAGUGGGGUCUUUCCUCAACGUCCACGAGGGACCUAUCGGUAUCGGCACUCGGAAACAGUAUAUCGAGGUAUCGCUCGCCGCUGGAAACGUCAUAUCGAAUGAGCCGGGCUAUUACGAAGAUGGGUCGUAUGGCAUUCGAAUUGAAAACAUCGUCAUGGUGAGAGAAGUGAAGACGGAACAUUCGUUCGGGGACAAGCCCUAUUUGGGCUUCGAACACGUUACAAUGGUGCCAUACUGCAGAAACCUGAUCGACUCUUCCCUGUUGACAGCGAAGGAGAAGAAAUGGCUCAACGACUACAACGUGGACAUCUUUGAGAAGACGAAGGACUACUUCAAGGAUGAUCCGCUGACGUUGGCAUGGCUCGAGAAGGAGACGCAGGCCUUCUAAACUAAAGUUUGAUUCAUAACCAAGACAAUAUGCUAGAAGGACAUAAAUGCCGAUAGCGCAAAGGUUAGACCAAAUGAUAUUCCAAAUGCAGGACGCUUGACCAGGGAUGAGAGGAUGCGCGAAGAUUCAACCCGUUUUCUCAGGUUCAGCCACCCCACAAUAUCGAUGCCAAAUCGGGAAGCAACCUAGGGGCAGGUUUUAGUCUUUGAGUGAGGUCCCGAACACUAUGGGAAAUAAAGUACCUGAACGGCGGUAAUGCUUAAGCCGACGAGAAGGACGAGCGUCUUGGAGAAGACGCUCACAACCAACCCUAAAAAGAAGCCUGAUCGGAAUUAGUCGACGCCCUGAGGAGGGGGAGGCAGAACAAGUAGUACCAGAAAGGCUCCCGCCAGAUAGCUGCUUGAUAACCUCGGGAUCUAGUCUGUCUUUCCGCCCACUCGACAUGG